AAAAUCUCCAUCCUCCUGCCCUCCCUUCCAUAGUAGAUACUGGAAAGAGUGGAGGCUGGGAGAGGAUUAGCAGCGAGCUCUGAUUUCUGUGGUCAGCCUACUGGAGGGACAAGUGACGUCCACACGUCUAAUUCCCCCUCCUGUGAUGCACAAACACUGAGCUGUGUAUCAGGAUGAGGGAAAGUCUGGGAAGUCUGUGAAUUGUAGCAAUGAGAAGCUCAAACACUUGCAUGCAAAAUACCAACCCUACAGGCACACAAAGUUGCAAAGUAUGAUCAUUGGAGGACACUGCAGCAGAAUGUGGGGUGCGCUAUGAUUUCCAGCCUCCUGAGGGGACUGUAGGAAAAGGAAUUCGGAUCCCACAAUUGUUUCUAUUUUUUAUUUUUUUCUUGUGCUCUGAAAGGAGUUUGCAGCCGCCAGACAUGGAUAAGAGAGACGAAAUUGACAGCAGUCAGUCUGGAAGCACUAACAGCAUGAAGAGGAUGCUGAAGUGUGUGGUGGUUGGAGAUGGUGCGGUUGGGAAAACUUGUCUGGUGAUGAGUUAUGCUAAUGAUGCCUUCCCGGAGCAGUAUGUGCCAACUGUGUUUGACCAUUAUGCAGUGACGGUGACGGUCGGAGGGAAGCAGUAUCUCCUGGGACUCUAUGACACCGCAGGACAGGAAGACUAUGACCAGCUGAGACCUCUCUCCUACCCCAACACCGAUGUGUUCCUGAUUUGUUUCUCCGUUGUCAAUCCAGCCUCUUACCAUAAUGUCCAGGAGGAAUGGGUGUCAGAACUCAGGGCUUGUAUGCCACACGUACCCUAUGUCUUAAUAGGCACACAGAUUGAUUUGAGAGAUGACCCUAAAACUUUGGCUCGACUUCUUCACAUGAAAGAAAAACCAGUUACUUACGAGCAAGGGAUGAAGCUGGCAAAGAUGAUCGGAGCACAAUGCUACUUGGAAUGUUCAGCUCUCACUCAGAAAGGACUCAAGAAUGUGUUUGAUGAAGCGAUCCUCACAGUGUUCCACCCAAAGAAGAAGAAGAAAGGCUGUGGGAAGUGUCGCAACUCCUGCACAAUUGUCUAAGUUCAUUCCUGUAAAAUAUGGUGCUAUUGUACAGGGCUCAGGAAAAGCAGAAUGUGGACAGGUGUGUGGUCGGGCCCUUCAUGAACAAAGCAAAGCGGAGGAUAUGACCAGAGAGACCAACUUCAUCUGUCACGUACAAGACCUUUGAUCUGUGACGCCUCCACAACGCAACAUGUAACUCACUGUAUCUCCCCUUCCUGUACCCACUCACACUGUGACAUGUCUCUAUAUACCACUUGUGCCUUCUCUUCCAAUGGACAUCCUACAUAUGUAUGCAAUAGGGUGGACUUAUGAUUAAUACUACACAAGCGAAUGGCUUGACUUCCAAGCAGGAAGGACUAGUAUUAAAGGGGUACUCCGGCCCUAAGACAUCUUAUCCCCUAUCCA